AUGGACUCGAGGGUCUUAUCGGUCGUACCGUAUCAGCAACCGACCAGCCGAGAAGUUGUCCUUCGUCACAACAAUGCCGUCGUUGUCUACGAACCCCAAUCAGAACGUCUAGUCCUCCGCGACGCCUCCCAUGGCCAGCUCGACCUAACAUUAUGCCCUGCAUGCCGCCAGCCGUUGCGAGGAGAGCGAAGUACGGGUAGUCAAGAGCAUGGUGGUCCGGAACCAAGUCAAACUGGGGGAUUCGUUCAUCGAGAUUACUUUCGGCUACAUCAGAGCCUUUACGGAUCGCCAAACUCCACAGCCCCGCCUUCUCCACGGAGAAGACUGGUAGAGCCGGUGAGACCUCAGAAUAGUUCCCCGAGAUCCCCCGACCAGCGCGCGUAUGUGGAUAGCCCACCGGCUUCCCCAGCCGCUCCGCCUGGUAUCUCGGAAACCGCCUUCAGUCCAGGGUACUUUCAGAGAUGUUACGUCGUGGAAAAAGAGCUUGGAAAAGGAGGGAAAGGAGUCGUGUUGCUGGUCACACAUCUCUUAGAUGGAAACGAAAUAGGGCACUUCGCUUGCAAGAGGGUGCCUGUGGGAGAUGACCGAGAAUGGCUCAAAAAUGUGCUCAUCGAAGUCCAGCUUCUUCAACAGCUUGAGCACAAGCAUCUGGUGCGAUACCAUCACGUGUGGCUGGAAGACGUGAAGCUGUCGAACUUCGGGCCGAGCGUGCCAUGCGCUUUCAUCUUACAGCAAUAUUGCAACGCUGGAGACCUCCACGGCUAUGUGUUGAAUUCGGCCAAGAGAGCAACCUCCCCUCAUCAUCUCAAGGAACGCGUUAGACGCCGCUCGAAAAACCAACCCGAACCGCCUCAGGAUUUGUAUGGUCGAAAGCUCCCGCUCGAGGAAAUCUACUCGUUCUUCAAAGACAUAACUUCGGGUCUGAACCAUCUCCACAUUAACGGCUACAUUCACCGUGACCUAAAACCGAGCAACUGCCUGCUACAUGAUGAUGGCACAGGAGAAAGACCAAGGGUAUUAGUCAGCGACUUUGGAGAAGUCCAAGUAGAAGAUAUGGUACGGAAAUCUACUGGUGCCACGGGUACCAUAUCCUACUGCGCUCCAGAGGUACUACGCCGUCAAUCGUCUGGUGUGUAUGGCAAUUUCACAAGGAAGAGUGACAUCUUCUCUCUUGGCAUGAUUCUCUACUUUCUCUGCUUUGCACGAUUACCUUACAGCCAUGCGGACAUUCUUAACGAAGAGAAUGAGGAUCUAGAUCAGCUGCGAAACGAGAUUACCACCUGGUCAGGCCUUCACGAGGAGAGAAAGCUUCGGCCUGACCUGCCUGAACAGCUGUAUACCUUCCUCAGACGAUUGCUCUCUCUUGAUCCUGAGGGAAGGCCUACUGCAGAAGCUAUACUACUCGGGAUAAAGACCAACUCCGGACUCGACAGGAUCUCGGACUCUAGGUCCAGAUCGGCAGGGCUCAUGUUCGAGGACCUAAGGAAUGAUUCCAGGAUCUCGCCUGUCGACAGUCCUAGACCGUCUACGCCGGCUCGAAGGAUGUCUACAGGCUUCUCUCGACCAGGCGGCCCUGCCCAGCUUCGACUGGCGUCUUUGCACAAGGAGCGCAAUCAAUCCCCAACAGCACCAGCACGAGAAGGAGAGAGCGACCAUGCGGAAGCUACGAGUCCUGGAGGAAGUCUAGUAUUGAGUCGGCAAUUCCCUUCGCCCACCAGGCAUGAGAUGCCACAGCUUACCGCACCUCCGGCACAGAGGUCUCGUUUUUCGAAGGUUGACCUCCAAAGUCUGCUUGCACGGCGGACCCUGAAGAUCCUAUUCCUGCUGCUCAAGAUCGUCUCUGUCAACAUAUCUUGUGCGCCGAUGGCUGCCAAUCCUAUGGUAGCGUACCUUCUGCUGGGUCUGGCUGCGCUUGAUCUCAUCUUCAACAGUCCAAGGCCUGGAACGUCAGUGGUACUUGUGGUUUUACAUGUCGCUAUUCUGCUGGCUGCCUCUUGGGCAGGUGUACUUUGUAUGUCUGGCCCGGACUACCGGCAAAAAUUGAAGAUUGAAUACUAG